UGGAGCGCCUGUCGUGUGUGAGGGUUUUUUUAUUUACAAAUUUCUCUGUGUGUGUUCGAAAUCUGGUCGUCUGGACAGACGUCGGGUGAAAAGAAAAAAUUUUGAAUUUCCUCGCGGCCAAUUGCGUACUCAAAUCUAAAUUUCGAGAUCGUUUUGUGACUCUGUUAGUGUCUUCGGUGAUUCUCCUUGGCUGAACGAUCAUUAAGUUAGCUUAGCAGCGGUCAAAUGGCGACCGCUGUUAAUUAAAAAGGCUCUUCCGAACGAGAUGUAAAGUGAAGCAGCAGCACCCUUCCCCAAUUUCCGAAUGUGCUGUGGCCCUUUUCAAAAAAUAGCAUACUGACUCGAACUGCGAACUUUCAUGAAGUGAAGCAAAAAAGCUGAGAGUAAUCUCAAAGUAAGUUUACAACGUUCAUUUUCGUAAUCGACCCCAUCCUCAGCUUUCUUGAAUAGAACGGAAAGACAUGUCAACUUUAGGAGUCUCUAGAUCAGGCCGCAUUCGUAAGAAAUCGGCAAAAGUUGUUGAGAUGGAAAACUUUGAUGGGGAGGAAGGUGAAGAUAGCAAUCGACCAGCAUUCACAGCAACGACAACAAUUGGUUCUGGAAUGGCGAUAUCUGGUGGUAGUAACCAUCCUCAACAACAUCACCACCUCACUCAGCCCCAGUCAACAAUAAGGCAUCAAACUGGAUAUACCGAUUCAAAAGGUAACGAGUCGGGAUCACGAAAUCCUUCAUCCGGUUUGUCUUCGGCUGUCGUCGUGCGUAAAGGUGUGACAGCUAUUUCAGUCGGAGCCGCCGCUGCUCGUAGGCCAGCUAACCAAAAUCACAACAGUUCUUCCCAACAUCAACAAUUACGACAAAACAGACACAACAUGAACGUCAACAACAGUCAUAACUACAAUAGCGGUGGCGCCCACGUAACGUUUGGUAGUAAUAGCAAUACUCCGAGCAACAACAACAAUCAACAUAAUAGUCAGUUUUCCGUUGAUAAUUCUUCGUCCACAUCAUCCGAAUCAGAAUCCGAUGACUCUUCAGACAACGAUUCGGAUUCCGACGAGCUUCCCUAUCCGCUGCAGAAGGUAACGGCUCAACAAAUGGUUCAGCUGCAGGCGCUGCAGAAAGGGCGCAGGCCAAAACAGGCAGCACCCCAACGAAGUCGGCAGUAUUCUUCAUCGAGUACACAUGAAUACGAUCCACCGUAUAAUCCGAAAACGGGAACCUCCAAGAUAUCGGGUUCUACCACAUCUUUACAUAAGAAUCCAACUCGAAAGCUUUCUCCAAAUCAGCCACAACGAGCGAUCCUACUAGAUGGUCAACACCAUCCACUACACCAACAGCAUCCACAACACAAAAUGCAUCAGCAGCGCCAUGCUCAGCAACCAAUGCGGAUACCCGCUGCAGACAGUGAGAUGUCAAGCAGCAACGAGGAAGAUUCCGAUGAAGAGUCUGACUCAGGCGAUUCUUUAAUAAUCGAUAGUGGGGACGGGUUUGCCAAGAAGGCUCCGAUACGGAAAUUGAAAUUGUCGCUAGCGACGGCAACUGCGCUGGCAACCGCGCAACGCCAAAAAAUGCGUCAGCGUCAAGAGGAGGUUGAGGACGAGCCAAGUGAAGACAAUGAUGAUGAUGAUGAUGAUUUCGUCCCGUCAAGCGCAAAACGGAGAAAACCCAGUGGGCAAUCAAGUCAUCCGCCAGCCAUCGCAAAGAAAACCGCUGCGCCGCCCCCCGAGAAGAAAUCCGAACCUUCCGAAAAGGCUGAGCCGAAGAAACCGAAAGCACCAUCAGCCUAUGUCAUGUAUUGUAGUGACAUACGCAAAAAGCUACUAGCUGAAAACCCAAGCCUGACGUUCGCUGAACUUAGCAAACGUAUGGGCCAAAUGUGGAAUCAUUUGCCAGAGAAAGAUAAACAACUUUGGAAGCGGAAAGCCAAAUCUUUACAAGCCAAAAACGCUAGCGGGCUUAUUACUACGGGUAAACAGCCAAUGCAGUCGACGCCAACGCAGGUCAAAAUCAAAGCAGCGGAAAAAAAGGCACCUGCAAAAGCGCAGCCGGCGCACCCACCCGUACAAAAGAUCCCUUUAUCAACCAAGGCAAAGACAACCAUACCUACAGCUCCAAAGCCAGUAGCUGGUAAGACAACUCUUAAAUCCACAACCUCUGCUCUCAAGACGACAUCUGCCAAGGCGCUCCCCAAGUCUGCCGCUAAGGGAAAAUUAUCUGUGGCUCCAUCUGCCUCAACAACUUCCACAAUCGCCUCAGCCGCAUCGUCAUCGUCCUACUCCUCUUCCAAUCUGCAAGCAUUAAUUAGCAACUACCAAGAGUUACUGGACAAACCAGUGGAGGCACCUCCCAGACCAUUUGGCCACUCGCCACUUGAUGCAGCCGCGCACCUCAAACUACUCGGGGAAUCGCUCACGACGAUUGGUACUAACCUGAUGGAGCACCAGGGCCCGAUUGCCGUGUCGGGCAGUUUGUCGGUGCUGUUGGAUAGCACGCUGUGCGCGCUCGGGCCUCUGGUCUGCUUGACGGCGCAGCUUGAUGAGCUGGAUGGGUCUCGACCGGAGACGCUACGAAAUAUCCUUAAUAACAUUGCCUAUAUUAUGCCUGGUCUAUAAUUUAAUACAAGGAAACGGCGGAGGCCCUGUAUAGCAGCCGAAUGUAGAAUUAAAAAAAAAAGAGACAAGUAAUAGCAAUCGAAUCUAAACGGAUUCGUCCCAUAUGUGUUGCAUUACAUGUUUGUUACAUAUGUAUAUAAACCUGUACAAGGAAAAGUGCCCAGAUGCUAUAAUAGAUUUAUUAAGAACCAUCCUGUCAUCGACAUCGUCAAAUAUAUUGAUAUUCAGCGCCGGAAAUUCAUUCACAGAACAGCUGCAUUAACAGCUUGCAAUACAGAUUGUACGAUUUGUGAAGGUAAUGAAAACUUUUGGAAUGGCUAAAGGAAUAUGACUGAUGGAAUGCAUUCCCGCAAUUUUGUAUUGAAUACACUUUGGUCAAGCGCCAAGGAGCUGCUAAGAUAGCGAAGUUGAAUUUUCGGAACAUAUGAGAACUGAUAUUAUACUAUUUUUGCAAACUGAAGAAAGCCGUCACAUAAGUCCCGUACCAGUAGCGUCUCGUUACGAAGGAGGGCUGUUUCAUUUGUUCAGGUUCUACCAUCACGCACGCAUGGGAUCGUAAUGACGCUCUGUAGGCUAAUGGAUGAUCAUGUUAGCAGCGCACAUUGCCGAAUUGAGUUUCCGAUUCUAUGGCGAAAUUGGCCUGUUGCUAUAUGGUUUGGAAAUUUCUUUAAGCUAGAAGGAUUACUACUCUGAUUUUGAGACUCUUCUUAUUGUCACACGCUCACACACUAUUAUGCACGGCUUAUGGCUAUUUCAUGCAGCUUUUCGAAACCCCAAACAACAGGAUUGAGGGUUAUUCCUUUUUUUUCAAUAUAAACACGACCCAACAAAUCCGGAUAUACCCAUUUGACUUCAUUAUACAAUGUCAGCACAACAGAUACGGCGAAUAUUGUGCAUUUUCAUUUGAUUUCUAUUGAGAUUUGUUACAACAUUAGCUGUUCAGCUUAUAGAACAGAUUAGAAACACUUGAACAUCUAUAGCAUCUAUCAACGUCUAUAACUCCCAGUUAGUCGGCUAUGUGAUAGGACACUUCAAGGUAAAAGCCAGAAUGCUUACCAACCUGUGUCAAAAAAUUUGUUAUUUUCUAAAGGUCCAAAGGUAGUCGCGUCGCCUGUAUUCAUUUGCGAGAAAAAAAGUUUUUUUCCUGUAUAUAGUAGCUUUCUGUAAAGAGUGGCGCCAUUGACGUAUUGUAUGCACCGUCGGGAAAUGCCAUCACAUAUGUAAUAAAACAUUGACCUCCCUGUGAUCCCAUUCAUGAAAAAAAAAAAAAGAAAAAACGAUGAUUUGUGAAAACCAAAAUCGUUGUGUUCACGUUGUUUGAUAAACCGUAGUAGAAAACGGAAAGGAUAUGCAACAAGCAGAACUGAAUAUAAUGUAUAUAUUGGUGUAAAUAAGUUAUUUUAUGAGCUAGUGAAAGCGAAGAGAAUUCAUUCGAAACCCAAAUGUAUCUCAGAAACAAAAAAAUAAAUUGUCUUAUUUUCUAUGGGCCUCCUCCUAUUCACGCAAAACAGCCGUAAUUUAAUCCAGUAUUUGAGAUCGUAUCGCCAGCAAACGUUACAUAAAUGCAGUUAUAUUAAGCGAUACUCAGUCACUGAGGGAAAUUAGGCUAAAUUUUUUUUGUGUACGAAACAUGCGAAAACCCUGUAUGUAUGUAUGUAUGUAUGUAUGUAUGUAUGUAUAUGUGAGUACUGGUAGAUACGUGACCGUAUCGAAAGAAAUCACGAAUAGAUCAUGUGUUGUGUAUCAGUGAAUGUAGACAUUUUAUAUA